ACGAUGCCGCCCGUUAAUUGGCUGCGGCGUCAGUGGAGACUGCUGCAAGACGCUACAGCGGCGCAGCUGACGACACGUCUACUCCGCCGAGAGCAGCUGACUGGGCUCCUCUUGGACGGCAUUGUUAGAGAGAGCAAACAACGUGGUCUCUUCAAAAAGACGACCUACGCGGAUUAUGUUCGCCAGGCUCGGUUUGUGUUCCGCGUGAGUCGCGAGAGUUCGUGCAUGCACACCAUGGUCGCGAACUGGCGAAUGCUGCAACGUCUGGUACACUACAAUGAGCCAAGCGACUGUGCUCAUUUGCACGAGCGCGUCUGCAAGGUUGCAGGCUUCUGGGGCGACCGAGCCGCGUCCAACUCGCCGAAGCGCGGUGCUAGCAACGAGGUGGUUAGUGAGCAAUGGUCGGAGAAGUUGACGCAGCAACUCGCCGGGGAGGCGGCUGACUUUGGAGCGGAGGAAGCUAAAAAUAUGGCCGAUCCUUCAGAGAAGGAGUUGGACAACUACUACUACAGCUUCCAGCCUCCCUUCUUGCCGCCGCUCAAGCGGCCAACUUCGGGCCGAAGUCGACAGGGAGGUCUCCGAUCACGGAUCCUCAAGGACAGGGUAGCGGCGUUGGUGCCAGCAGAGCUUACGGCUGAAGAGCUGUCCGAGCAAAAGCCGCUCCCAGUGCAGUAUCACAGGCUGCCUCGCUGGGCCCGCGAGAAGCAGAAGCGUGAUCGGCCGUUGAUGUCUUCCUCAAUGGCCAAGUCGCAGACAAGCCUUUCAAGGCCAGACUCCACGACGUCUUUGCACACGACAAAGCUGACCUGGACUUCCAGCCAGGAGAUGCUUCGUUCGGCAUCAUCGCCCAAACUCUCGGCGAGCACCUCACGCUUGGCGGAGACCUUCGGCGAGUUCAGCCCCUCCGGCUCGCGCAGUGGCGGCCGAGGCAAGCUGCCGACACUGGAAGAUCGAUAUCGAUCGACCUGCCGCAAUAGGCGCACCGUCCCCGUCCCAUCCUCCUUCGUGGAGGGAGGGUCCAAGAAGCUGGACGCGAGGGGCAUGACAGAGGCACAGCUCCUUUCCUUGCUUCACGUCUUGGACGACGGACGACAGGUGGAAGACCUCGAUCUUGAAAACAAUCGCCUGGUGAGUGACGUCUCCCUGGCACCCUUGAUGCGGAAGCUGCGUGAGCCACACAUGAGGGCAAUUAUGGGAAGCCAAUCUCCGAGCAAGGAGUCGGUGCGAAGAAUCAACUUUCGCCAAUGCUGUCGCGUGGGCAGCGCCACGCUGGACAUGUGCGUGGAGCUUCUGGCAGUGGCCAUGAACUUAAAGCAUGUCGACAUGAGUGGCCUGAAUCUCGCCGUGAAGUUGCAACUGCCACUCUGCAUGGGGCUCGGCAGUCACCAGUCCCUGGAGACAGUGGCUCUGGUCGGUGUGGGUCUUGGAGGCAGCUGCGGGGCUGCUGAGUGUGUUCGACGUCUCGUCGGCAGCAUCAGCAUCACAUCACUGGACUUGAGUUGGAACUGCUUCGACCAGCAGGAGUUCCAGCAGAUGGGCAAGCAGCUCGUCCAGACCAGGAGCUCGAAGCUGAAGAAGCUUUGCUUGGACUCCACCUCCAGCGUCGUCGGUUCUAGCGACUCCUCCAUUGCGGAGCUGUUGGAGGCCCUGGCCUACAACAGGACCCUGUCCUCACUGAGCAUCGCCGCUAACCGAAUCGACUUCAAAGCGUCGCUGGUUUUGGAGGACGCCCUCGAGAACCACAAGCCCAUGAAGAAGCUAAACCUUGCUCA